UGCGCUUCUUCUAUUGCUCCUCUCUGCGUGGCCUCUGUGUCUCUACUCUCCCUCCCUCUGAUCCGAUCAGAUGGCUCCAAAGAAAGAAAAGGCUCCUGCACCAUCCUCCAAGCCCGCCAAGUCUGGUGGUGGCAAGCAGAAGAAGAAGAAGUGGAGCAAGGGGAAGCAGAAGGAGAAGGUGAACAACAUGGUGCUGUUCGACCAGGGAACCUAUGACAAGCUUCUGUCCGAGGCUCCCAAAUACAAGCUCAUCACCCCCUCCGUUUUAUCCGACCGUAUGAGGAUUAGUGGAUCACUUGCAAGGAGAGCAAUCAGAGAAUUGAUGGCUAGAGGCUUGAUCAGGAUGGUGUCUUCGCAUGCAAGCCAGGAGAUAUUCACGCGAGCAACAAACACCUAGUUGUCUUAUUGCCUUUGCAUGUUCAAUUUUAUGUAGUGUUGCUGUUUUUAUUAUUUAUACAUGUUAAGAAAGGCCUAACGGGUAUCGGCUUAGUUCUAGACUAUCUGUCAACUUUGUUGUUUAAUCUCCCAUAUGGAGUGAUUGAGAUUGCUAAGUUUUAAGUUUUCUUAGAAUAGUAUCUACUCAUAAGAUUUGAGCUUGGUGUUUUUGAUCUUCAACAUUCCAUAUUAUGCUCCUUUAUGUGUAAUGUAAUGGGCUAUAUUAGUAUUA